ACGGCUAUCUUCUUAUUUCAUGCAAUGGUGGUCUGAAUCAAAUGCGAGCUGCGAUAUGUGACAUGGUAACCGUGGCACGCUAUUUGAAUCUGACCAUGGUGGUACCUGAACUCGAUAAGCAAUCCUUCUGGGCUGAUCCUAGUGAUUUCGGGGAUAUAUUUGAUGUGGAUCAUUUCAUCUAUUCUUUAAGAGAUGAGGUGAAGAUUAUCAGAGAACUCCCACGUAAAUUCAGUGGGAAAAUUCCAUUAUCAAUGCAACCAGUCAGCUGGUCUAGUGAGAAAUACUAUUUGAGACAGAUCCUGCCUCUUGUACGAAAGCACAAGGUUAUACGUUUUAGCCGGACAGAUUCUCGCCUUGCGAACAAUGGCCUUCCUUUAAGGCUCCAAAAGCUUCGCUGCCGUGUGAACUAUAAUGCGUUAAGAUUUACACCAUCCAUUGAGGCCCUAGGCAACAAGAUGAUAUUAAGUCUCAGGAAGACUGGAUCGUUUGUUGUGCUUCAUCUGAGAUAUGAGAUGGAUAUGCUUGCCUUCUCUGGUUGUACACACGGAUGUUCUGAUCAAGAAACAGCAGAGCUCACGAGAAUGAGGUAUGCAUAUCCCUGGUGGAAAGAAAAGGAAAUAGACUCUGAGAAGAAAAGGUUGGAGGGAUUGUGCCCGCUUACACCUGGAGAAACAACAUUAGUGCUCAAAGCUCUUGGUUUCCCCAGGGACACUCGGAUUUAUAUUGCCUCAGGUGAAAUCUAUGGUGGUGAAAAAAGAUUAGCUGCAUUGAAGACAGAGUUCCCUAACAUUGUGCGUAAGGAGAUGCUUUUAUCUGAUGAUGAGCUACGCCUCUUCAAAAAACACUCAACUCAAAUGGCAGCCCUGGACUAUCUUGUUUCUGUCGCAAGUGAUGUUUUUAUUCCAAGUAAUGAUGGAAACAUGGCUAAAGUUGUAGAAGGACACCGCAGGUUUAUGGGCUUCCACAGAACUAUACAGCUUGAUAGGAAGAAGCUUGUUGAGCUUAUAGAUCUUUUUGAAGACCAGGAACUGUCAUGGGAUGAAUUCUGCAUUGCUGUUAAGGAGAUACACGAGGGCCGAAUGAGCCAACCGACCAGAAGAAAAGUUAUUGCCGGGCAGCCAAAGGAAGAAGACUACUUCUAUGCAAAUCCUUAUGAAUGUCUUGGGCCUGCUACAAAGAGAAGGGAAAAGCUAAAACAUACCGAGACAUGAACACUACACUUAGUGCCUGACUGGUACAGAAGGCUGGUGUGGAAGUGGUAAAAAGUAGUUUGACAGUUUCAUUUAGACACUGUCCUAAUAACCUGAUUAGUUGACUUCAGUAGUGACAUAACAAGCUUCAGCACGUGCUCAUAUUUUUGCCGAGCCUCAUCCUGUGAAGCGCAACUAUGUGAACAAGUUGUAACACUACCAUGCCUGUGCAAGCUGAUAGCUCAGCUAUGAAGCAUCAUUCUUCUCGAUUGGAUGAUCAAUAUGGGAGGUGGAGUAGCUUAUUACCACCCAGAGACUUGGUGGGCA